AUGGAGCAUGAGCUUCACAUGCGGCCGCAUCUGUUGGGGUUGAUGGCACUGGCCCAGGGCGUGGCCUGUGCGGUCACUGGGCCGAUCUGGGGCAACCUGGUGGACAGCGGAGCCUCGAGAAAACUGCUUCUGAAGGUCGGUACCGGCUUGUGGGGACUCUGCACCUUUCAGCUAGCGUUCACAACACAGCUGUGGCCAAUGCUCGCGCUGCGAGUUCUGAAUGGCGCCGCACUGUCCAUGCUUCUGCCGGUUCUGCAGUCCUUCAUCUCGGAUUUGAGCACGUCGGACGAUGCUGGGCAGAUCUGUGGCAAGGUAUACUGCGCUGCCAACUUUGGCCAAGUGCUGGCGUGUUUGAUUGUAGUGCCCAUAUCAGAGCAUCGGAUCUUCGGUGUCAUGGGUUGGAGGAUAUGUCUGGCAGUGGUUGGUAUUCUCAGCUUGCUGGUCGUUCUUCUGGUCGAAGCGGCCGUGGAGGAUUUGCCGAGGACGUGGGAUCCAAAGCGCUUCGGCCUCAUGCGUGAGUUUCACAAGCUGGCAAAGUUCCUCCGUUUGGGGUCUUUCCGGGUUAUUAUUCUCCAGGGAGUCUUCGGCACAAUCCCUGGAGCGGCACAGACGUUCACAACCAUGUACUUUCAGUACCUCUCCAUCAGCAACCACAUGUGUGGACUGAUUAUCGCUAUGCGCACGGUCGGUGAGGGUAUUGGUGGCGCUUUAGGAGGUUAUCUGGGUGACGCAGCAAAUGCCAAAAAUCACCGCUACGGCAGAACUUGGGUGGCAAUGUUUUCGGUUACUGCAAGCAUCCCGUUCCUCUAUGUUGUGUACAUGGGGAUCCCAAGAGAAGCCAGCCUUAGUUUGCUCUUCGCCGGCAUCUUGUUUACGAUGGGCUUGGUGACCACGUGGGAGGUUCCUGGAUGCCUGCAGCCUGUGGUCAUGGAUAUCAUCCCAAGAAGGGAUUUGUCAUCGGCUUUCUCGUGGGAUGUUGCGAUAGUCUUUGCAAGUGGCAACACGAUCGGGCCAUUGCUGGUGGGCUUCAUAGCCCAGGACAUCUUCGACUAUCACUAUACCAGUGAGAAGGUGGAGAACAUGAGCCUGGAGGUGCGAGAGCACAAUGCAUCGGCUCUUGGACGUGCCAUCUUCUUCAGUUGUGUGGUCCCCUCCUUGAUCAGCGCCGUGAACUUUUCCCUCCUCUUCUGGACAUAUCCAGCGGACAAGGAGUCCCUCGAGGAGCGUGAGGCAAUGGAGGACGAGGAUGCAGCGGAAAGGACCGUGCUGCUUCAGAAAGAGUCUCGCCAAGCUUGUUUUGCACGUGGCAUCAACAGCGAAGUCUCCUUGCCCACUGGUUCGAUAUGCGCUGAGCGCGCAGCGAUUGCGAACGCACGAACCCACUAUCCCGGCACUGGGCGCAAGCAGAUGAAGGGGAUUGCCGUCCUCGAGGUCCCGGUCACCGUCGGCCGUGUGGCCCGUGCGGGCCACCAGGAGUUGCAGAACCCAUUGCCGCCCUGCGGAGCUUGCCGGGAGUGGCUGAACAAGAUCCAGGAGGAGAGCCCUGGCUUCUACGUCCUGACUUUUGAGGACUUAUCAUUGGAGGUUGUCCAUGAGCGCUUUCUCUUCUGGUCGCAGGAGAAGGUGACGUCCAUGAAGAUCCAAGCCAGGACGGAGCUCGAGUACAUGGACGCAACCUCAACGCAGGCGCAAGCGGAGUUGGAGGAGACUUGGAAGGAGACGAUGCAAACGGCCCCCGGUCGGAUAGGCCCCAAUUUGCCAAAGAAGCGCGUCGCUUGGCUUGCCUGCACUUCGCGUGCGGAGGAGUCCGUGGCACAUGGACUCGGCAGGGUGGCGAAAUCCUGUGCUCGCAACCCCUGGAAGUGUGUUGCAGUGACCGUCGUGGGAUGCCUGCUUUGUGCGCUGGGGGUUUUGCGUUUCACGGCCGUGAGCGAAGCUCGUGAUCUUUGGGUGGAUCAAGGAUCACAGGUCAUGAAGGACUUGGAGUGGACUGAGAAGUACUUCACCACCGCCGGCCGCGUGAAUCGCGUCUUGGUCACGGCCAAGGAUGGUGGGAACAUUCUGCGACCGGAGACGAUGGCCGAAAUCUUCCGCAUGGCUGAUGAUGUGAAAGCACUCUCUGAUGCUGAUGGAAAGAGCUUUGCCGAUGUGUGCCUCCGGGUUUCCUCCGGUUGCUUGAAUGCUGGGAUCCGCCGCUACUUUGGCACCGGUACCAGUGCCGACUUCAAUCAGACGGUCCAGAGCCAAGCCGAUAUCUUGGUUGCUGUGAACAAGGCCAACUUCCCAGACGGCGCCCCAGCCUUCGCCGACGACUCCAUGGGCGGCAUUGCACGUGACGGCAGCGGCAGCAUUACGAGCGCCACUGCAGCGCGCGUUGACUUCAUCUUGGAUGCCGCCGACGAGGCCAUGAUGAAAUGGGAGGAGGCUCUCGUGCAGCACUUCACCAAGGACCAACUCACUGAGCAAGGCUACGAGCACGUGAACGCUUUCAAGAUCUCGGAGGGUUCGGCGCCGCUUGAAAGGGUCCUCGUGGCAAUGAUCAAAUUCCUGACCAGCCACCCGGCCAUCUCCUUCGCUACCAUCGUCUUGUUUCUCGUGGUGGCUGCAGUGUCUGCCUGGCAAGUGAGCCUGGGCCUCAGCACGGACUUUGACAUCAUGGACCUGUCGCCCGACAAAAGCUACCUGCGGGAUUUCUACAACGAGGAGAAUCUCCACUUUGGUGGCCUCUCAACAGGUGGCUUGGCCUUGCCGGCGGCCUUGUACGUGGCAGACCAGGACUUCAGCUCCCUGGCAGUGCAGCGGCAUCUGGAAGAGGCCGGCGCCGAGCUCAUGGCACUCAGCAACGUCAACUCUGUUCGCGGGCUUCAGUCGUGGCACACCAUCUUUACGCUUUGGGCCUUGCAGAACAAGGGUGUCCUGGCAUCCCUGCCAGACAGUGCCUUCACGGCAGUCGAGACCAACCGAACCGGCUGCCAGGCAGGUUUGCCCUCAGCCGUCACAACCUGCACCAGCCACCUGGUGACCGGCAGCACGUUCUUGACCGCUCUCCAGGAGUUCCUCUCAACGCCGACGGGCAGGGCGUUCGAAGAUGACGUCGUGGUACAAGAUGGGCAGAUCAAGGUGAUUCGGCUUCGGGCCAAUCACAUCGACACUUUCAACAGCAAGCAGCAG